CGUCAAACUAACUGUAAAUUAACUAUUAUAUUAGCAAUUCAUUUAUUUUAUUGCUUUUUAUGAUCUUGUGGUUUUGGUGACAAACAAGCAAAUAUUAUAUAAAUCUAAGACUACGAGAAUAACAUGGAUUUCGAUCCCGAAGUAUACGACAAUUCAAAUAACGAUACAUUACUUCCGGCGAAAAAACUAAUCAAUAUUAUAAAUGACUUCAAACCGGUCAACAGCAAAUUCUCGACAAUUGUGGACAUAGGCUGUGGCUCUGGAAAUAUGACUAAACUAUAUGCCGAACACAUAGACAGCCAACGAUUUAUUGGCUGCGAUAUCGACCCAAAAAUGAUUGAUUUCGCCACAAAGGAGAACCGAAAAUCAAAUAUCGAUUACGUAUUGCAAGACAUACAACAAGAUUGGGAUCGCUUUAGUCCGGAACUCAAGGCACUGAAGCACAGGGUGUCAGUCAUUACGUCUAACUUCGCGCUCACUUGGGUUAAGGAUAUCAGGACUGCCUCUCAAAACAUCUCAAAUCUGAUCGCAAACGACGGCUUUGUUGUCCUCAACAUUGUAUACGACGGAGAUAUCUAUGAUAGGCUCGACCCAAACGACCGGAUAUUAGCCGAAAAAUACCUUAAAUAUCCGACCGAAGAGGAAAUGAUAGGCAAAUGGAUUAAUGGAUUAAAAAAGUCCGGAUUUUCCAAAAUCGAUAUCCAUUACUGGGAACCCAAAGCUGUAUUCACCGAAAAAGUCUAUUAUGAAGAAUAUCUCAAUGUUCCCAUGAAUUGGUAUAAAAGUUAUGCGAAACUCACAAAUGGUUCAAAUGUUGAAAUGAGUAAACUAUUGAAACGAUUGCUUAUUGAGGAUCGAUGUAAGAGAUUGGACACGAAGUCCAGUAAAGGCGAGGACCUCAUUGAAGUGACUAAUUAUAUUUGGCAGAUAAUCGCAUCUAAAUCAUGA